CAGAGAGCAGACAUGGAUAGCAAGACCGUAAUCUCCCUCCUCCUCCUUCUCUCUUUUAUGGGCAACUUUUCUGAGCUGCUGCUGGCAGCGGAGCUGCGGUGUCACUGCAUCCAGACUGCCACUGGAAUAAUGCUGCCAAAGCACCUGGCCAACGUCGAGAUCAUUCCCAAGGGCCCGCACUGCAACACCCUGGAAAUCAUAGCAACACUGAAGAACAGCCAGCAAAUCUGCUUAGAUCCCCAGGCUAAAUGGGUGAAGAUGGUAAUUAACAGGAUUCUACAAAGUUCAUCCCAGAAACGGCGUCAGUGAAGGAACCAGAGGCCUCCCAGCAAGCACGAGAAAGCCAGAGAGAAAAGCCUUAGCCUUUAAGCAUCUCCAGGGUCAGGAGAUAGGAAAUUAUUCAUAAUUUCACUCUAUUUUUUUUUGUAUUCUCACUGCUCUUGGUGCACAGAUUGUUCAUCUGCAAAAGGAAACUGCUGGGCUCAACAGGCUGCCAUACCACCUGCAGACUCUUGUAUUUUAUGGCAAAAUUUUACAUGGUUCUUAACUGCAGAGGCUUUUGAAGCAAUAUCCUAACCCAACCCUAGACUUGGGGGGUCAGCUGGAAACACCCUCACAGGUUCAGCAUUCCCUGAGCUGGGAGUUAGCUACACCACAGCAUCUCCCAGCUUCAUUAUCAACCAUUAUGAAGUACAGUUUUGUCUAGUUUAAGAGGGCUGUGGUUUUCAAAGCAAAGAAAUAUUAACCAGAGGAGAUUCUUACUGAAAGGGAAAAAAAACCCCAAACAAU